AAGCAAAAAGUUUGUUCUGUUGCGUCAUCCUAAAUUUUGAAACAAUACAAAAAGCAGGGGGGAGCAGAAAGGCGUUUCACUCAGGGGGACUCAGUUUGACUGGUAAAAUGAAGAACAAGAUCAUCAUCGACGUGGACACAGGUGUGGACGAUGCUCAGGCUAUCAUGAUGGCGCUCGCGGACCCAAACGUGGAGGUUUUGGGGAUCACCUGCAGCCAUGGCAACACCCCCCUGGAGAACUCCUGCAAGAACACACUGAGGGUGUUAAAAACCUGCAACAGGCUGGACAUCCCAGUGUACCGGGGGUGUGCGGAGCCCCUGCUGGCUCGCAGACUUCACGCUGGAGAUUUCCACGGAAAGGACGGGCUGGGGGACGUCCCGGAUCCAAACGCUCCGGGUCUGGAGCUGCUGCAGAAGAAGGGAGCGGCGCAGGCCAUCAUCAAGAUGGUCAACGAGCAUCCUGGAGAGGUGACUCUGGUUGCCACGGCGCCCCUCACUAACCUGGCUGUAGCGGUGUCACUGAACCCAAACUUCACCCAAAAACUGAAGGCGCUCUACAUCAUGGGAGGAAAUACUGAAUCCAGAGGUAACACUACAGUGUGUGGAGAGUGUAUAGUCAAAUUUGAAUGGAGCUUCAGUCAGGACCUUUCGGCCAUCUUGGUGAAACAGGAGGAGCCGGAUGUGGGUCAAAGGUUAGAUCCUCAGCCUCACGAAGGCCCGCCCCUCACAUUAAGCCCCGCCCCACCACACAGAGGUUCUCCAUGGAAACACACGGAGCCCAGUCCAGACAGCGUGAAGCCCGUCGCCAUAAAAGAUGAACCCAAAGAGAUUGGACAGUACCUCAGCCUGCCCAGCGAAUGGUCUGACAGUCGAGAGAAGGGCAGUCGUUGGCUCUACGACGACGGGGUCGUCCGGGUGUGGUAUCUUUGUACCGACUACCGGGUGGUUGUCUCAGUUGCUUCCAGACUUCCUCACGGGGGACGUGGUCUUUUCUGGAGGUCAGAGGAGUCGUCUUUCUCAGGCGAGACAGGGCAAGAACAUGUCUCCGUACGUAUUAAACAGUCAGGUGGUGGUCGAGGAACCAGAAGCGACGCAAGUCCGACUUCUACCAAGGAGACCGUGGUCUUCCACUUCAGGAAGCAGUCGAGGGACAUGAGGGACAGCAGGUAG